GGCGACUUCACUUCCUGGCCCUAGUCUGGGGUGGCUAAAACUGUUGCCAUAGCGACCAUUUUACGUUAACUGGUUUGUAUUUUAUCCAGGUGGCUGCACGACACCGGGGGAAACUCUUCUCCGACUCCCUCUUGGUUCUUUGCGGCGGCGGCUAGGUUUUAACAAGAUCCGCGAGUCUGGCCUGGGAAUCUGCUCCCAGUGGGGGCGGGAUGGCUGCGGAAGAAGAGGACGAGGUGGAAUGGGUAGUGGAGAGCAUCGCGGGUUUCCUGCGAGGUCCUGACUGGUACAUCCCCAUCUUGGAUUUUGUGGAGCAGAAAUGUGAAGUUUUUGAUGAUGAAGAAGAAAGCAAAUUGACUUAUACAGAGAUUCAUCAGGAGUAUAAAGAACUAGUUGAAAAGCUGUUGGAAGGUUACCUCAAAGAAAUUGGAAUUAAUGAAGAUCAGUUUCAAGAAGCAUGCACUUCUCCUCUUGCAAAGAGUCGAACAUCACAGGCUAUUUUGCAACCUGUAUUGGCCGCAGAAGAUUUUACUAUCUUUAAAACAAUGAUGGUCCAGAAAAACAUUGAAAUGCAGCUGCAAGCCAUUCGAAUAAUUCAAGAGAGAAAUGGAGUAUUACCUGACUGCUUAACUGAUGGUUCUGAUGUGGUCAGUGACCUUGAACACGAAGAGAUGAAAAUCCUGAGGGAAGUUCUUAGAAAAUCAAAAGAGGAAUAUGACCUGGAAGAAGAAAGAAAGAGAAGAAAACAGGUGCCUGUGGAACAUAUAAAUGCAACAGAAGUAUCAGAGACUAAAACAGAAGAAGCCCUCGUGCAUACCAGUAAAGCUGUGGAAAUGAGUCCUUCCCAAGGAGAUGGUGAACAUUUGGCACAGCCACCUUCAGAAGUUGAGGUGCAUUUUGCUAAUCCAUCAACACAACCCUUGUCAAGAAAGGCAAAAAUGUCACCUGAAACAUCUUCCCUCCCACAAAAAGGCCUGAUGAUUCCUGGUUUAGAACAUACACGUAUUGAAGGACCAAUAGCAAAUUUGUCAGCACUUGGAACAGAAGAGCUGCGACAACGAGAACAGUAUCUCAAGCAGAAGAGAGAUAAGUUGAUGUCCAUGAGAAAGGAUAUAAGGAAUAAGCAGAUCCAAAAUUCAGAGGAGAAAGGAAAACCUACUGGGGAGGUAGAGGAAAUGACAGAGAAGCCAGAAAUGACAGCAGAGGAGAAGCAAACAUUACUAAAGAGACGAAUGCUUGCAGAGAAACUUAAAGAAGAAGUCAUUAAUAAGUAAUUUAAAACAACUUAGCAAAAGUCCAAAUUUUCUUAAAAAUAAAUAAUCCUUAAACCAAAAUUAGUUUUAAGUAAAUAUUCGCUUUUGUAAAUGCAAAUAUUAAGCUCAUUACUAUGUUAAACAUUUGAUGUGAAGAGUAGGGGGGAAGGCAGCUACUUUGUACUCAUCAAUUUAGUACAAAUUUCUGGUAAUGUUUUCCCAGGGAAAAGGACAGCAUCAUUUUAACUUGGAUACCUGUUAUUUGUGCUGGCCACAAUGUGUUAUGUUCUAAGGAUAUAGUACAAAUAUAGUCAACCAAAUUAGUCUCUACCUUCACAGUGCUGCAUAAGUACUACAAAAAACAAAGUACUAGAAAGGAAGUGCAGAAUACUGUAAGAUGGGAUGGCUAGGCCUCCUUGAGCAAGUUGUUUAAGCUGAUUGGAAGGUAUGAAGUUUAGGUCCUGCAGCAGGAAAUACCACAUUUAACAUAUAUCACCAAGGAAUUAGAA